AGAAUGAAAAUGCUUCGGUUUCGUAGUCCAAGCCUCCGCUCUCUGGAUCAAGAGAUCCAGGUCACGAUUCGGUUACUGGAUGACUCGGAGAUCUCGUGCAGCAUCCAGAGAGAAACCAAGGGCCAGUUCCUGGUGGAUCAUGUGUGUAACCAUUACAGCCUCCUGGAGAAGGACUACUUUGGCAUCAGAUAUGUCGACCCAGAGAAACAGAGGCACUGGCUGGAGCCCAAUAAACCCAUAGUGAAGCAGAUGAAGUCUCAGCAGCCCUACACAAUGUGCUUCCGGGUCAAAUUCUACCCUCACGAGCCAAUGAAGAUCAAAGAGGAGCUCACCAGGUAUCUACUCUAUCUGCAGCUGAAGAGGGACGUCUACCACGGUCGUCUCUUGUGCCCCUUCGCUGACGCAGCCUACCUGGGGGCCUGUAUCGUACAGGCUGAACUAGGGGACUAUGACCAAGACGAACACCCGCCAGACUACAUCCAAGACUUCAAACUGUUCCCCAAGCAGUCGCUUAAACUGGAGAGGAAGAUCAUCGAUAUUCACAAGAACGAGCUACGGGGGCAGUGUUCUGCUCUGGCCGAGCUUCAUCUCCUCCAGAGGGCACACAACCUGGAGACAUACGGAGUGGACCCUCACCCCUGCAAGGACUUCACAGGAUCCACAGCCUUCCUGGGAUUUACUGCCACUGGGUUUGUGGUGUUCCAGGGAAACAAGAGAAUCCACCUGCUCAAAUGGGCUGAUGUCAACAAACUGAAGUUUGAGGGGAAAACAUUCUAUGUCAUUGGAAUUCAGAAAGAGAAGAAACUGGUGCUGACGUUCCACACCUCUACCCCAGCAGCGUGUAAACAUUUGUGGAAGUGUGGGGUGGAGAACCAAGCAUUUUACAAAUGUGCAAAGUCAAGCCAGAUCAAGACUGUGUCCAGCAGUAAUAUUUUCUUCAAGGGAAGCAGGUUUCGGUACAGUGGAAGAGUUGCGAAAGAAGUAAUCGAAGCCAGCUCCAAGAUCCAGAGAGAGCCACCAGAGGUGCAUAGGUUACACUUUGGGCAGAGCAGAAGCUUCAACUCACUGAGCCACAAAAACCUGAUCAUAAACAUGGAGCCUCUUGUCCCAGCACUGCCCUCCACCAAUGAGUAUGAAGAGACCUCGGCAGACAAUGUCGGGGACCCUCACGCCCCGGCGGACGUGGUUGAGGAGCUGGGUGAGGAGCUGGGUGAGGAGCUGGGUGAGGGGCUGGUUGAGGAGCUGGGUGAGGGGCUGGGUGAGGGUCUGAGUAAGGGGCUGGUUGAGGGGCUGGGCGAGGGGCUGAGUGAUGGGCUGGUUGAGGGUCUGGGUGAGAGUCUGGGUAAGGGGCUAGGUGAGGAGCUGGGUGAGGAGCUGGUUGAGGGGCUGGUUGAGGGGCUGGUUGAGGAGCUGGGUGAAGGGCUGGGUGAGGGGCUGGGUGAGGGGCUGGUUGAGGGGCUGGUUGAGGAGCUGGGUGAAGGGCUGGGUGAGGAGCUGGGUGAAGGGCUGGUUGAGGGGCUGGGUGAGGAGCUGGUUGAGGGGCUGGUUGAGGGGCUGGUUGAGGAGCUGGGUGAAGGGCUGGGUGAGGGGCUGGGUGAGGGGCUGGUUGAGGGGCUGGUUGAGGAGCUGGGUGAAGGGCUAGGUGAGGAGCUGGGUGAGGAGCUGGUUGAGGGGCUGGUUGAGGGGCUGGUUGAGGAGCUGGGUGAAGGGCUGGGUGAGGGGCUGGGUGAGGGGCUGGUUGAGGGGCUGGUUGAGGAGCUGGGUGAAGGGCUGGGUGAGGGGCUGGGUGAGGAGCUGGGUGAGGGGCUGGUUGAGGAGCUGGGUGAAGGGCUGGUUGAGGGGCUGGGUGAGGGGCUGGUUGAGGAGGCAGAGGAGAUCCUUGGUGUGGGUUGUGGGGAGGUUCUGGAGGAGCGGGGAGAUGCGGUGCGCUGCCGGUUAAAGAUCACCACCAGUCACAACCUGCAGCUCCGCAUGGCCAACCACACGGCCAGGGACGUCUAUGUACGCCUGCUCGGCCACGGGGAGCGCAUUUCUGGAACCGGACUACUGGCUCUGAAGGACUCUGUUCACUUGUCUCCCCUGAAGCCAUCUACCACCCCCACGGAACGAGAGCUAGAGUGGCUGGAGGGCUCUGCUCUGGGGCAGCGCAAGGAGGAGGCCCCUACCAGGGCUGGGGGGGAGGCAGAUGGACAGGAAGAGGAUGAGGAGGAAGAGGAGGAAGAGGAGACGAGUGGAGUCCUGACCAUCUCUGAGUUGGUGUACAACCCCUGUGCCAGCAUGCUGCCCACGCCGGUGGACGACGGCCAGGGAGGGGUUGACCUGCUGUUCCAGAGCCCCAUCCAGAGCCCUGCUCGCCUGCUGAGAGAGCUACAUGCUGACCCUGACAUCCAGGCCCAGCUGAUGGCCGAGAGGGUGCGUGACCGUGCCUUCGAGCGUGCACGUGUGGUGGGGAGGAGCAUGCUAGGUAGCGGGCUUCGCCUCCUGACGAGGAAUGAGCGGGUGAACACGUGGGUGCUGAGCGCGGUCCGCCUCAUCGCCAUGGUGGUAGGGGUGCUGCUGGUUGCCGUACCGAUGCUGCUGCUGCUGCUGGAGUCGGACAUAGACGUGUCGUUUUUGCACGAGAUCAGGCAGACACCGGAGUUUGAGCAGUUCCACUACGAGUACUACUGCCCGCUGCGCCGCUGGAUCCUCUGUAAGAUCAGCAUGGCCAUGGAGAGGCUGGGAUGGGACUGA